AUGUAUGCCUCAUAUUUCUCAUACAACCUCAGCAGACCAUACCCUUACGUAUGGUUUACUCCCGUUGUCCUAGUCGGUGAAUUGAUUGCGACAGCGCUUAUCGCGUUUCUGAGCGUCGCGACACAAGGCUACGAGACUAUCUCAAAGGCCACGUCCAAUCCCAACAUCACUAGCGAAAAUCGCAACCCUUUCUCAGACUGGCCUUCGUUCCUCACCGCGAACACAAAGUCUCUCUGCUCUACCACGACCAUCCCGAUCGGCACUGAGUUCUACACAAACAACACCGCCCUCAAAUACACCGUCACCAAGAUCUGGCGCGGUAACGAUCCAAAAGAACCAGAUGCACUGCUAGGAUCGUUACCCUAUCUCAACAACCCUUUCCAAUCAUGUGCAGUGAAUGGUAUCACGAUUGAGUUUGAGGGCAUCGAUCGGAGUGCGUCUCAGAUCGCGCUUCAGCAAUGGGGUGCUAAGCUACGAGCUUCGCUGUCCUGUGAGGUAGACACGCCUGGCGGCACGACAACCGUGAAUAUGACUACUACCUACGACGUCAACGGCAUCGAUAACGAUGUAGGCACAGCAUUCCCAGGUCGGAAUGAGACAGCCAAGGCUAGCUUAUGGUGGGGAGAAUCACUUCUCGCUUGGUACUCAAUCGCUUUGACCAAUGACAUGCACAUUUCCAACGAGAAGUUCUUCCGGGGAGACACAGAUGUCCCUCCGAUCUACAAGGGUCAUAUUUCCUUCACGAAAAGAAAGACAGUCGUGCCAUCGGUGCAGGAUAUCAAAGCACUGGACUUUUUCCAAGUCAGCUGUUUCUUCGUCCCUUUUAGUAAUAAUGGCGUUUCUCCCAACCUCUCCAAAGCAGAUGAUAGUGACCAGUUGAUGCCGUUGCCUGGUAUUUGGAUCUCAGCAGAUAACCUGGCGAAAGCGUUCUAUUUCACGAUCCUCGCUGAUCUCGGACAGAAAGACUCUGGGCCGAAUACUCUGAACAAUGUCGAACUCUUGGCACAUUCCACCAAAGGGUAUGAAGCUAUCCGGAAUCGCACGCCCAUUUGGGGUGAUAAUCUUAGAGUCAACACCACAGAAGGAUUGGCUCAUCAUGCAUUUACCUCCAACGACAGGUCCAGAAAGAAUUUAGGAAUUGAACCUUCUGUCAUCUCGACUACAUUUCUCUGUCAGAUCCCUCGUCUCAAAAGCAGGCCAACGCUCAUUGUGUCUGUCAUCAUCAACACAAUAGUCAUACUAUCAGCUCUCUGGAGAUUAUACCAAUUCCUCAUUGAUGCAAUUCUCUCAAAGAACGAUCCCGAAAUGAUGAAUUGCGCUGGCUGCACGGCAAUGACGUCAAAGGAACCAGAGCAUGAGGCUAUGUAUCCGUCUGGUCACUCAUCGCAGAGCACCUCAGGAACGCCAAGCGGGAACAAAGCACGCUACUCUUCUAUGCGACAAGAGGAUAGUCUCUAG